AUGAACAGGCGCAGCUUGUUUAACCCUACGAGUGUGCCAGCGUUGCGGAUCCCUCGCCCUCCCAGGUAUCAGACGCGUGCCUUUGGCAAUGCGGUGAACAUUAGUAGAGUUAGUCUGAAAGGAUUAAAGAACGGUGGUUUAAACGGAAAGCUGAAGGGUGUGAGGAGAGAAAGUUCGCAGAUUGGGGAGAACGAAAGUGGGCAUAUUACUGCCGGAGCCAAUGAGGGAAUCCUAUUUUUAGAUAACAUCUUUCCAAUAAAGCUCGGAUGGCUUCUUCGAAUACCGUGGUACGGAAGAAUGGAUUCAAAUCUUCCAGAUAUCCUUUAUCGAUUCAAUAAUAAGGUGUUCUCCAAAUACGACCCUCUGAGCUUAGUGAAGCGUGCCAUACCCACCAAUGUUCCUUUGAAGGUAACCGAGAUAUUGCCUCGACUCAAAGAAGGGGGUGCAUUCGUCAAGUUCUCACACGAUCACACUAUAACGGCAAAAGAAAUUGAAGGUCUCAUCUCAGGAUAUUUGAAGGAAAAGCCAAUCAAACCUUGGUUCAAUCCCUUUCGACAAAUAAGAGCAAAAUUGGUACUUGGAAAGCCCUGGCUCGAAGAUCUGUACAGAUUCCCAAGCACUCGAAUCCGUAUCGAGUUCGUCCCUUGUACUCCAGGAGGCGAGGUAGCCGAACUUUCACAGGAGACGAUAUAUAGCUUGUUCCGAAAGUAUGGUAAAAUUGCAGAGAUCUCUUCGCAACCUUCAGACUCUAAAGUGCUACCAAAGUUUGCUAUGUUAGAUUUUGCAAAUAUCAGACAUUCGAUUAUGGCUAGAAACUGCUUGCACGGGCUAAAAGUUACUGAAGAAUUGGGCGGUGGAAAGGCCGGCACCACACUUCGACUAGCAUUCGAGGCCAAGAUGCAGGCUCACCAUGUUAGGGAAUGGCUUACCAGUCAUCCACGUGUUGUCAUUCCAGCUGUGGCUGCAAUAAUCGCUACUGUGACUGUUGCGGUGUUUGAUCCUAUCCGGACCUUUUUUAUUAAGGCUCAUAUCGAUCAUGCGUUUAGUCUCAAAGAUAACAAGAUCUACGCAUGGUUCGCAAGUCAAGCCAAGGAUGUUUUCUCCUUCCGCACACACAAAGCAGAAGAGGCGAGCCUUAUUGCGAUUUGGGACGAUAGAAAACAGGAGAUUGAAGAUCUACAAACUUGGCUUAUGGAGACUGCCGAUACUUUUAUCGUUGUCCAAGGGCCACGAGGAUCCGGCAAAAGAGAACUAAUUAUUGAUCAAGCGCUUAAAGGUCGACCGAAUACCUUACUUAUAGAUUGUAAGCCGAUACAAGAAGCCCGUGGUGACUCUGCUACAAUUACUGCAGCGGCUGCUACGGUAGGAUAUCGUCCAGUUUUCUCCUGGAUGAAUAGCUUCAGCAGCUUGAUCGAUUUGGCAGCACAGGGCACAAUCGGUGUAAAAUCUGGGUUUUCCGAAACCUUGGACACACAACUUGCAAAAAUCUGGCAAAACACAGCGACUGCACUCAAACAGGUCGCUCUGCAAAACCGGAAGAAAGAUGACAAAGAUGCUUCUCUGACAGAUGACGAUUGGCUUGAAGCACACCCUGAGUAUAGACCUGUCGUCGUUAUCGACAAUUUUCUCCACAAGAACGAAGAGAGUAGUAUAGUCUACGACAAGAUCUCGGAAUGGGCAGCUGGUCUCACAACUUCGAACAUUUCUCAUGUCAUAUUCCUCACCAAUGAUAUUUCUUACUCGAAGUCUCUUAGUAAAGCGCUACCAGAUAGAGUCUUUAGACAAAUAGCCCUUGGCGAUAUCACACCCCAGGUCGCCAAGAAGUUCGUCAUUAGCCAUUUAGAAAACGACCCAGAGAACCCUAGAGACAGGACAGAGAAGCGUUCGGAAAAUCAACGUCGAGAAGAUCUCUCCGAAUUAGAUGAGUGUAUCGAAGUUCUAGGAGGUCGAUUGACUGAUCUAGAGUUCUUGGCACGUCGAUUGAAGACUGGACAAACUCCAAAGCGCGCCGUUGCAGAGAUUGUAGAGCAGAGCGCUUCGGAGAUCAUAAAGAUGUAUUUGAUAUCUGCUGAAAAGGGCGAUCGAAAAUGGUCGGUUGAGCAAGCAUGGUAUCUGGUCAACGCUCUUGCUGAGAACGAUACUCUUCGGUACAAUCAGGUCCUUCUCUCUGAUACAUUCAAGUCUUCCCUUACAUCAUCAGCAUCGAAUGGAGAAAAUGUUCUCGAGGCUCUUUCGGCGGCUGAGUUGAUUAGCAUUAAAACCUACAAAGGUCGUCCACAAAGCAUCAAAGCUGGAAAGCCCGUCUACCAAGCGGCUUUCAAAAUGUUGAGCGAGGAUCGUGUAUUGCGGAGCAGACUUGACAUGGCAGUCCUCACGGAACUGACUAAAAUUGAGACGAAGAGUAUCGAUAAAUAUGAGAAUGAAUUGGUCAUGCUCGGGACACUACCUAAGCAGUCUCAUGAGGUUGGCCCUCGUAUUCAAUAUCUGUUGAACAAGCUGGCGGCAAGCCAAAGAAAGGUUGAGGCUUGGGAGAAGGAAAUGGGAUCUUUGAAGAAGGUCUUGAUGGUCGAAUAUUGA